CCGAAUAUAAAUAACAAAAAAGAUAAUAAGCUCAACGGAAGUGAAUUUGAAUCGUCCAAAUGUAUUUUCGACGGUUCAGAUUUAUCUUUGUAAAAAAAAUUUACGGAAAACUAAGUAAAUAAGUUUUUCUCAUUAACAAAAAAUGUGAAAUUUACUUUCUAAAAUCCUGUUAUAAAUCUUUCAGCAUCCAUCUUCCACCUCCCAUAAACAACAAAACCCGCAAACCAUGAGCAACCACCACCACUUCCUCCUCCUCUGCUACCCCGGCCAAGGCCACCUCAACCCCACUCUAGAACUAGCCAAGAAACUCACACGCGCCGCCGGACACGUCACCCUAGCCACCACCGUCCACUUCCUCCGCCGCACCACCGCCCUCCCCGCCAUCGACAAGCUCUCCUACGCCACCUUCUCCAACGGCUACGACGACGGGCCCGACCCCACCGCAGACCUGGCCGUCGUUAUGUCCGAAUCCAAGCGCGCGGGGUCCCAAACCCUCGCCCAACUCCUCGCCUCCCUCUCCGCCGAAGGCCGCCCCGUGACCUUCCUCAUCUACGCCGUCCUCUUACCCUGGGCCGCCGCGGUGGCGCGUGAGUUCCACCUCCCCUCCGCUUUUCUCUCGAUCCAGUCCGCAACCACGUUUGCCAUAUACCACAGGUACUUCAACACCCAUGACGGCCUCUACCCUGACAAAACCACCCCUCAAAUGUCCAUCAAAUUACCUGGAUUGCCACUGUUUUCACCCAAUGAAGUACCUUCCUUCCUCUUACCAGACAGUCCGUUCGCUUCUGUGGUCCCCACUUUCCAAGAACACAUUCAAACCCUAGAAACAGACCCCAACCCAUUAAUCCUCGUAAACACGUUCGAUGAACUAGAACAAGACUCGAUCAGAGCCGUUGAUCACAUGACCGUGAUCCCCAUUGGACCGUUAGUUCCAUCCGAUCAUAACCCUGGUCAGAUCAAUCUGUUUGAGCUGGGCACUGAUUGUACCCAGUGGUUGGAUUCAAAACCAGAGAAAUCAGUGGUUUACGUAUCGUUUGGUAGCAUGGCAGUGUUGCAAAAGAAGCAAAUUGAAGAGAUUUUUCACGGGUUAGUGAAAAGUCAACGGCCAUUUUUGUGGGUCAUUCGAAAAACAGAGUAUGAGGGGGAAACAAGGGAUUUGAUUGAAGCAGAGCUGAAUGAAAAUGAUGGGUUGAUCGUGCCGUGGUGUUCGCAACUGGAGGUGCUGAGGAACGGGUCAGUUGGGUGUUUCUUGACGCACUGUGGGUGGAACUCGGUGCUAGAGAGUUUAGUGACGGGCGUGCCGGUGGUGGGGUGUCCGCAGUUGUCAGAUCAGAUGACGAAUGCGAAGAUGGUGGAGGAGGUGUGGGGGAACGGGGUGAGGGCGGUGGUGAACGGGGAAGGGGUGGUGGAGGGAGAGGAGGUGGAGAGGUGUUUGGAGGUGGUGAUGGGGGGAGGGGAGAGAGGGGAGGAGAUUAGGAGGAGGAGUUUGGAGUGGAAAGGGCUGGGAAAGGGUAGUGUUGUGGAGGGUGGUUCUUCGCACAAAAAUUUGGAACAGUUUUUGGAAAGGUUAGAGUGAAUCUAGAGAAAAUCAAGGGGUAUCGAAUUUGAUUGUAGAAACUGAUCGAGAUAUUUAUGUUCAGAUACAGAUGUAUUUUAUAUGACGUUUGAAAUCAAUAUGCAUCGGGUGAGACUAAUGUUCGUGGAAGUGUUACACUUUAUCAUCGAUCAAUUAGCGAAAUGCAAAUGACCAUCUUCAUCUAUGGUGGAUGUCUGUAGAAAAACGUAAUAAAAUUGGUAUCAAGAAUGUGCUAUGAAUGUACUCAAUACUGGUCGUCAUAUAUGCUUUGGAAUUCGAUAAUGUAGUGGGUUCUAGAUAUGUUUGAAAAGAGAUUAAAUUAUUUGCAUCAA